UUCACCGGGUCACAGGAGGAGACACGUCCUGUCGGCAAAGCGAACAGGCCAGGAUCUGCUGGGAAUCAAGGAGAGGAACCCAGAACUGAGAGACCCCGGGCACAUUCCCGGAUAUAACAUACACUCACUGCCCCUGCUUUGUGUCAGAGCCACAGGAGAUCCUGUCGUGAGGUGCGUGCUUAAGGUUUCUGAAUCAUUGCCACCACGCUCUUGGCGUCCCCAAGGAACCUGGGAACUUCUUCAUGGUCAGAGGAAACAGCACAGCAAGUUAGGGACUGCCCUGUGCAGUGUUUCCUCAGGCUCCUCUCCCGCCAGUACUCAAAUCUCUGGUAGGGCAAGGCUAGUGCCUUUUGGCAAGGGCACCAAGUUUUCCCCAGAACCCUCAGGGCCUCUUCUCUGCACCACUGCCAUGGCCUCCAGUCAGAGGAGCCAGUCCAGUGAGUGCUGCAGCAGUGAAGCAGGGGAGGAUCUACGCACCUCCCAGGACGUGCUAGUCCUGCAGUUCUUGUGCCAUGUGUUCCUAGAUGACGAGAUAGCUGGACUGUUGCCAGUGCUGCUCCUGAAGUAUCAAAAGCAGGAGCCAAUCACCAAGGCAGAAAUACUGCAUGGGUUGGGCCAUGACAACCAUGAGCAAUACCCUGUAAUACUCAAGACACUCUGUGAAAGCAUGUGUCUGGGCUUUGGCAUUGAUAUGAGGGGGGUGGAUCCCCAUGGCCACACAUACGUCCUUAUGCCUCUCUUGGGCCUCACGUACAAGGGGCUACUCAGUGAUGACUGCCGGUGCAUUUCCCGACUGCACAUACUGAUUGACAUCCUGACUAUCAUCUUCUUAAAGGGGAACUGUGCCAGCGAGGAGGACAUAAAGGAAUUCCUAAGAGCAAGGGAAGUGUUACCCCAGAAGGAUCACUUUGUUAUUGAGGAGCCCUGGAAAUUUGUCACUGAGGAUUUGGUGCAGGAAGGGUAUCUAGAGUAUCGGCAGGUGCCCAAUAGCGACCCUGCUUGCUAUGAGUUUCUGUGGGGUCCAAGGGCCCAUGCUGAAACCAGCAAGAUGAAAGUGCUGGAGCAUUUGGCCAAGGUUAAUAGGAGAGAUCCCAGGUCCUACACACAUCUGUAUGCAGAGGCUUUGAGAGAGGAGGAAGAGGCUGCCCAUGCCUCAGAAACGGGUCAAUGA